UCCAACAACUUGUUUCUCUCUUCUUCUUCUUCAUAUUUUUGUGCUUUCCUUGCUUCCAUUGAAGAUUACUUCCUCACCAAGAACACAAGCAGAAGCUCUCAUAACAUGGAAGAAAAGCUUAGCAAUGGAAUCAUCUAAUCUAGCUUCAUGGGACAACAACAACAUCAUUAAUCUCUGCAACUGGACUAAUGUUAUCUGUGAUGGUUCCAAUGGAGAAAUCUCACAAAUAGAUCUCUCCAACUUGGAACUCAAUGUAAAAUUGGAUCAGUUCAACUUCUCUCCUUUCUUUAAUAUCACAGUCUUCAACCUCAACAAUAACAAACUCGUUGGUUCGAUACCAACAGCCAUUGGUAAUCUCACCAUGCUCACUUUGUUGGACUUGAGUGACAAUCAUUUUGAAGGAAAAAUUCCAGUGGAGAUAAGCCAAUUGUCAGAGCUUCAAUAUCUCAGUCUCUGCAACAAUUCCCUUGAGGGGCCAAUACCUUACCAGCUCACCCAUCUACCAAAGGUAUGGUACUUAUCCCUUGGAGCAAACUCUUUUGCGAAUUCAGAUUGGUCUAAAUUUUCAAGCAUGCCUUCUUUAACCUACCUUGAUCUUUAUAGGAACCAGUUUAAUUCAACAUUCCCAGGUUUCAUAUCAAAGUGUAGGAACUUGACUUUCCUUGACUUGUCUCAAAAUAGUUGGACUGGAUCAAUUCCACAAUCUGUAUUUUCUAAUCUUGUCAAACUCCAAUCUUUCAAUCUCACAGAUAACAAAUUCGUUGGACAUUUGUCAUCUAACAUUUCGAAACUUUCUAAGCUCAAACACCUUCAUUUGCAAACUAAUUUUCUCAAAGGUUAUAUUCCCAGUGAAAUUAGUCUUCUAUAUGAUCUUGAGGUUCUUGAACUGCAUGAAAAUUUCUUUAGUGGGAGUAUUCCUUCUUCCAUUGGCCAACUCGAAAAUCUAUUACAACUUAAAAUAUUGGAUCUUUCUUAUAACAAUCUCACAGGUCCAAUUCCAACUUCUUUGGGGAACCUCAAAAGCCUCAUCUUUUUUUAUGUAAAUACCAACCAACUAUCAGGAGCCCUACCAGUUAACAUCUCAAGGCUAAGUAACUUGGAGGAAUUAUUUGUUUUUGAAAAUAAUUUCACUGGUUUAAUUCCUUCAGAGAUUGGAAACUUGACGAAACUUAAAAUAUUAGAUCUUUCAUAUAAUCAUCUCACAGGUCCUAUUCCAACUUCUCUAUGGAACCUCAAAAAUCUCACACUUAUGCAACUUUUCAAAAACAAUCUGGUUGGAACCAUCCCACCACAGAUUGGAAAUCUAAAACUCCUGUCCACUUUUGAUGUAAGCAACAAUCAACUAACAGGAGAGUUGCCGGUUAAUAUUUCCAAUCUUAAUAAUUUGGAGGCUUUCUAUGUUUUCAACAAUAAUUUCACUGGUUCGAUUCCUUUAGAGAUUGGAAACUUAAAGAAACUUAAAAAAUUAUAUCUUUCUUCGAACCAUCUCACAGGUCCGAUUCCAACUUCUCUAUGGAACUUAAAAAACCUCAUCUUUGUGGUCCUUUCCAGAAACAAUUUGCUUGGAACCAUCGCGCCAGAGAUUGGAAAUCUAGAAUUCCUCACACAUUUUGCUGUCGACACUAACCAACUAUCAGGAGAGUUGCCGGUUAAUAUUUCCAUGCUUCGUAACUUGGAGGUGUUCAAUGUUUUUACAAAUAAUUUCACCGGGAAAGUCCCUCGAGAUUUUGGGAAGAACAGUCCUAAUUUGAAAUUCGUUGCGUUUGGAAAUAACAAUUUCUUCGGAAAGCUGCCACAAGGUCUGUGUAGCGAGUUCAAUCUAGAGUAUUUGGGUGCAAACAACAAUAAGUUUACAGGAGAAUUGCCCAAGUGCCUGAGAAACUGCACAAAAUUAAAAAGAGUAAGGCUUGAUGAGAAUCGAUUCACAGACAACAUUACCAAUGCUUUUGGAGUUCACCCAAAUCUUAAUUCCAUUUUCUUAAACAACAACCAAUUCAUUGGCCAUAUAUCAAGUACAUGGGGACAAUGUCAGAAUCUCACCAGAUUGCAGAUGGGUCAAAAUAAAAUCUCUGGUAAGAUCCCUCCAGAACUCGGGAGUUUGAAAAAGUUGAAAGUUUUGAGCCUAGAAUCGAACAAAUUGAAUGGGCCAAUUCCAACUCAAUUAGGAAAUCUUAAACUUUUGUACCAGCUUAAUCUCAGCAAUAAUCAUCUAAUAGGGGUAAUCCCUCCAAGUCUAUCAUACUUGACCAGCCUAUUGGAUCUUGAUCUUUCGAGAAACAAUUUAGCUGGUGAAAUACCAGAUUUGUUAGGUAAUUGUAAAGGAUUAUUGAGCUUAAACCUCAGUCACAAUAUGCUAUCUAGUGAUAUACCACCAGAGCUUGGAAAUUUGGUGUCUAUACGUUAUUUAUUGGAUCUUAGCAAUAAUUUACUUGUUGGAGAGAUACCCACAAGCCUGUCCAAGCUUACAAUGUUGGAAAUUCUAAACAUCUCUCAUAACCACCUCUCAGGAAGUAUUCCCCAAUCAUUUUCCAACCUAAUAAGCAUACGUUACAUUGAUUUUUCUUACAACAACUUGACGGGUCUAAUCCCGACUGGAAAAAUAUUCCAAAAUGCUUCAAUAAGUUUUUAUGAUAGAAAUCUCGGAUUGUGUGGAAAAGCUAUAGGACUUAAUCCCUGUAGAAGGCAAAGAAACAAAAUUAGCAAUGGUCUUAUAUUGAUCAUUGGUCUUGUUUGUGGCCUGGUACUGUUUGUUACUGUCAUUGUUAUCACUCUCAUAUUGUGUCAUAAACUCAAAGUGUUGGAUAAGAACAAAAGAGAUUCCAAAAAAAAUGGUGCGCAUGAGUCAUUGAUAUGGGAGAAGGAAGCAAAAUUCACGUUUGGAGAAAUUGUAGAGGCAACUGAAGACUUUGAUGACAAGUAUUGCAUUGGGAAAGGAGGUUUUGGUACCGUUUACAAGGCCAUAUUGAGAGCACAUGAGUUAGUUCUUGCGGUUAAGCGGUUGCACAUGUCAGAUUCAAGUGAUAUUUCAGAAGUUAGUCGCAUCAGUUUCCAGAAUGAGAUCCGAACUCUGACGGAAGUCCGACAUCGAAACAUUGUAAAGCUUUAUGGGUUCUGUUCAAGAAACAAUGGUUUGUACUUAGUGUAUAAGUAUGCAAACAGGGGGAGUCUUGCUAAAGUAUUAUAUGACUCAACAGAUCUUGAUUGGGAUUCAAGAGUGAAGAUUGUUCAAGGAUUGGCCCAUGCAAUCUCAUACUUGCACCACGAUUGUUCUCCACCAAUUGUUCAUCGCGACAUAUCCUUAAGCAAUGUACUACUUGGCUGUGAUUUUGUUCCAAUAUUGUCGGACUUUGGCACAGCUCGAUUGUUGAUGCCUGACUCGUCCAUUUGGACAAAUGUAGUUGGAUCCUAUGGCUACAUGGCCCCAGAAUUGGCUUUGACUAUGCGUGUAACUGAAAAGUGUGAUGUGUAUAGCUUUGGAGUGGUAGCUUUAGAAAUUAUGAUGGGAAAGCACCCAGGAGAGCUUUUGGAAUCUUUAUUAUCAGCUCGAUCAGAAACAUUAGCAGAGAAUCUGUUAUUGAAAGAUAUGUUAGAUCAACGAUUGUUACUUCCUACUGGGAGAUUAUCAGCUGUUGUGGUGUUGAUGGUGAGCUUGGCAUUGUCAUGUACUAGAAGUAGACCAGAUUCACGACCGACUAUGCAUUUUGUGGCACAAGAAUUAUCGACAAGGAGUCGAGCUUCCAUGAUCUUUGAGCCAUUGAGGACUAUUACGAUUGAGAAGCUUGCUGCACUUCAAUAUCAGCAGCAGUAGAAAUAAAUUUUUUACUACAAUUAAGGCUAGUAUUUAUGUAUGAGGUUUAACUAAUUUCUUAUGUAAUUUUAGGUUUUUUAUAAUUAAAAUUCAUAAUUUGCUUUGCAUACAAACUGCAACAUUUCUGAUCCAAAAUAACAUAAUAAAAAAAUGGAUGUUGUUUUUCGGUUGUGGGUUUUA